AAAUUUAUCUGGUCUGAUUUUUUAGGUUGGCUGAAGUAGAAUGGAGACACAAAAUCUCUUCAUGAAGUUUCAAAUAUUCUUUAUAGCAGUAUAUCGGUAUGACUUCGCUGAACAUGGAAGUUCUUCUAAAUUGAAUACAACCUUGUUCCUGCAUUGUUAGAUCUCCUGCCAAACAUAAUGAACAGAAGUUCUAUUAAACAAGGUUAUGUUAGGGAUCAUUCUUGUCUUGUUUGUGGAAAACAGAAUGAAUACAAUUCCGCAUUUAUAGUUCACAUGAGAUCACAUACUGGUGAGAAACCGUUUCAAUGUGAUUUUUGUGAUAAAAGAUUUCCUGGAAAAUCCAGUUUAACUCGACACAUGAGAACGCAUACUGGAGAAAAACCAUUGAAGUGUCCUGUGUGUGAUAAGAGGUUUAGCCAUAACCUUAAUUUAACUCUGCACAUAAAAACUCACAAGGGAGAAACCCCCUUCAAAUGUGAUAUUUGUGAUAAAAGGUUUUCCCAAAAAGGCAAUAAAACUAUACAUAUGGGAACCCAUACUGGAGGUUUCAAAUGUGAUAUUUGUGAUAGAGUGGUUUCUGCAAAAAGCAGUUUAACUUUACACAUGAGAACUCACACUGGAGAAAAGCCAUUUAAAUGUAAUAUUUGUGAGAAAAGGUUUAAUCGGAGUCCUCAUUUAACUGCACAUUUAAGAACACAUUCUGGUGAAAAACCCUACAAGUGUUCAGUAUGUGAGAAAAUGUUUUCUAUAGAAAGCACUUUAAUAAGACACAUGAGAAUCCAUUCUGGAGAAACCCUAUUCAAGUGUGAUGUGUGUGCUAAAGGGUUUAUUCAGAUUCAUCAUCUUAAAAAUCACAUGAGAAUUCAUAUAUUGAGAAAAGAAAACCCCUGAUUUUGGAGAUUGGAGGUCCUGGACAAUAAUUUGAACACCUGUAAAAUUGAGGAAUAGAUUUAUCAUGUUGUUAAAUACUUCUGCCAUCUGUGUUUUUGGAACUUAUACGUGAGAUUCUGAUAAUCUGAUAAUCAAGAAAAUGCAAAAAAUGCAGAAAUUGGGGGGCGAACCAAAUUUUUGGUGGAAAUUCUCAAACAAAAACUAUGUUAUAAGUUCCCACUGGAAACCUGAAUCAUGUAUAAGAUGAGUCUUAAUUUAAAAUGUUUUCAAUCUAGAAGCUGACGACUAUUUCAGGAAUAAUUGCUUGAAAUGUAAAACAAUAUACAUUGCUUGUUAUUAAUUUUGUACUUUACACGACGCUCUUUUUGACUUUAAAGUUAUACAAAGUUUUUUUAUUGAUUGAGUUGAUUAGACUCAUUUGUUAAUUCAUAUCUUUAUUUUUUCUUGCAUUUUUUUCAGAUGUUAUGGUAGAAUGAUCGUAGCAGUAAUAUUAAGCAUUUCUUUAAUUCUAAGGAAGGUUGAUACCUGCAGGGACAUGAUCAGUUUUAUACGAUCUACUCCAGUCCGAGUACAAACACUGGAGGAUAAUCUCUCCUCAUUUUCGGCACAAAAUCAACUAGAUUAAACUCGAGAAACGGCCCAGACUGAAGAAAACUGAAUCCUGAAAAUCUGUUCUAAUUAAAAUGGAAUACUCCGAGUACAAUGUUGAUGGUGGGAAUGGUGGAGAUGAAACUGUGGGACAUCUCCGUCAACGGUUAAACGUGAUGCGAGAAAUUGUUCAGGAAGAGGAUAAGGAUGG